AUGAAUAGUAAUUGGUUUCUUGUGAUGACAGUAGCGACACUACUACUUUGUUGUCAUUAUUCAAAUUCACAACAAACUAUUCCUGAUGAUGAACUUCAAUCAGCUAUUUUUCUUAUUCGACAAUAUGGACUACCAGUACCACAGAAUCAGUCUCUAUGUGAUCCAUUUUAUGCUGGAUCAAAUGUACAUGCAAGAUUUUUGAAAGAGAUCAUUGAUAUUUACCUCUACAUUAUUUAUUUAUUACCUUUACAUUAUUUAUUUAUGGAAUCUAGUUAUUUCAAUUCCUAUACUCGAAUCGAUGGUGGCAGUCCCUCAUCAACUUUGACAACAUUGACUAUGCCUGCUUUGAAAAGUAUCCAUUUAGAUUGUAAAGGUGUUGUUGUCAAUCAGUCAAUCAAUAUUCUAAAGUUGCUCAAAUCGGUCAAAAGUUUGAGUAUAAUUGAAUUGCUUUAUGAUACAUCGAUCAGUUACAUUCCAAGCGAUUUUAAUAACUUUCCUAAUCUUGUUGAUUUUCAAUUAACCCUCGACCAACCAUUAAUAAUACCUCGUACAUUUCUAAACAACUCUGUCGAUCUUCAAUCAAUCACUAUCCAAUUUCCAGUUUCAUCUAUUACGAUUGACGAUUCUCUCUACUUUCCUUCUCUCUUUUCUGAUUAUUUUUAUUCCAAUUGUAUCAAUGGAUCACAUCAUAUCAAUGUAACCUCUAAAUCAUUUCCAAAGCUUUCGGUUUUUGCUAUUAACGCUCUUCUAGGAUCAAACACGACAGUCUACUUUAAUCUAGAUCCAAGUGACACCGUAAAAAAGAGAUUAUCAGAAAAUUAG